AUGUUGUUUUUCAGCUUCUUCAAAACAUUGGUAGACCAGGAGGUCACCGUUGAAUUAAAGAAUGAUAUGGAAAUAAGAGGGAUAUUAAAGUCAGUGGACCAAUACUUGAACUUGAAGUUAGAUGAUGUAACGUGCACAAAUUGUGACAAAUAUCCUUACUUAGAUGCUGUCAAAAAUCUAUUCAUUAGAGGGUCAACUGUGCGAUAUGUGCAUAUGAAUCCCAACUCAGUUGAUUGCACAUUACUACAAGAUGCAUCGAGAAGAGAGGCCAUGGUGCAAGCUUCGAAAUGA